UGUGUUGAGUUUGAGAAAAUUGUUUUGCAUCUAUGAUUUUAAGUCAGAAAGGCAGUCAGUGAGGGAACGCUGUGAGGGUCAGAAGGAGAGGGAGUGGUAAGAUAGAGUUGAAUGUCAUCUGCUUAGCAGUGGAAAUUACAGUAAGACCGUGGCUGCAAAUAAUCUGGCCAAGAGGGAGGAUGUAUAUGAGAAAGAUGCUAUUCUUUCAUACAAAUUUACAUCACAGACCACUUGGAGAUGCAAACAAUAGCCUAUCAGAGUUUUGGUUGAUUUGACCAUCAGUUAAAGCAAUGGUUCGGAGUGAAUUUCACCCUAGGGGUCAUUUGCAUGAUGACCGCGAGCCAAACACACCCCCAGAAGUUGUUUUCCCUUGGGCGAACAUUGGUCGAGUUAGCGCUAUCAGUCUAUGUAGGCUAUCAGCCCAAUGUUUUAGCGUUGGCACUUUUGGAACCAAAAGUGUAUCUCGUAAAUUACCCGACUAAUAAUGUCCGGAAUAUUACCAAACUUCCAAGGUAGUACAAAAAGGGUCUGUACUCAUAAAACGAGGCAUUGGAAAGUUUGUAAGCAGCCUAAACCAGGAGUUUAUUUAACACUUGCCUGAUAGCUUGAGCUUCUACUCUCUGCUGCUACCGCUACCGAUAACUUGAUGAUAUUUGAGUGUGAUACAAAUAUCUUGAUGAUAUUUGAGUUAACCUGAAAAUACAAGCAUUUAUAAAACGUAUGCAUCGCUUUCUGCCAGGACUUUUACAGGCUUUCCCCAAAUCACGGAAUCACAUUCUACCACUGACUUAUUUUUGAACAUUAUUUUUCUGUCCAUGUUAGUUUUUUUUUUUAUUCUGACCACACCAUGUUUAUUUAAAAAAUGUCUCCCUAGUAGCCUACCACACUAGAAAGCAAACUACACUAGCUGCUUUCAGACAUAAGUGUAAGUCCGCAUGUUCUGCGGACAUAAUGUAAAUGAGCUCAUGUCUGAACAAAGCGAAGAACAUGCAAAUAAUCUGUUCAUGUUCGUGUUCAACCACGCGGAGAUUCGGUUCAUGUGUUGUUCACACAUGAUGUCCGCAAGCGAUAACAAGCUUGACCUUGAAAUUGUGGCGUUAAAGGCGACACGAUGAAAACUUUCGGUACACCUUAAUUUUGUGCUGGUGCACCUAAAUAAAAAAGUUAGGUGCACCAGUGCAACCAGUGCAAUGGUUAGCCUGAAGCCCUGAUAUAAGACUUACUGUACAGUUCACAAGGAGUUGCAAGAGAAUGGGAUUGGAGUAUUAGCUGGCAUACUUUAAAUAGUAGGUGACAAUAGUCAUAUUAAGCACUGCACUGUUAUGCAAUAUGUUUAGUUAUUGUUAAGUGCUUUAACGUAUAUCACGCUUUAACGUAUAUACAUUGUACUCCUCCCACUAACUUCAUCAUAUUAAAGGUUGUAUCAGCGAUUGCAUGCCCAAACCAUGCCCAAAUCUUUCCUCACGAUCCGCUAGCUGCCCGCCCCAUGCAGGCCAUCAAAAAAACGCGUCUCUGUAGGCAGCCUAUUCUCCGAGAUCUGUACACAAAAACAAUAGACCGCAACAGUGCUGCCAACUACUCAAAACCAAAAUAAAUAGUGUUCCAACCAAUCUCAUGCACAUUUAGGAGAGUUUCAAUUGCACAGGCAGGAGGGAGUAGCGAGCAAGCUCUCUGUUUUGUUUGAACGUCAACAGAAGUGACAUUAACCCGCCGUCGCUGAUACAAUCUUUAACAUGCUACAGACACAGGUGCAGAAAAAGAGGAAGGGCAAAAAGGGAGGGAAGAUAAGAGUGGCAAUCCCACACCUAGUCAUAAAAUCACUUACUGGUCAACUGGGUCUAAUUUCCUCUCCGCUCCGCUGCCCGCUCCUCUGCUUCUGCCAAGAUGGAGAAUGUGAAGUGCUCCUGCCUCUUAUUCUUGGGCAACCGUGGAAUACUGCACAUUCUUGAGUUUGUAACUUGCGUUCUUACCAUAAUAGUGGCUGCAUUCUCUACUAAGGCAUUAGAAAUCCACUGGAUAUACUGCAUUAUCAUCUGGGCACUUUGUGCCAUCUUCACUGCGGUCAUCAUCAUCAUCGAGAUGUUCCUCAUUGAGAAGCUUGUCCUGACGUUAUGCAUAGACUGGGAUGACUUCACCACAGGUGUAGCUUUCAUGGGCGUCAUCACCACCUGUCCUUGUACCAUCUGCUACGGUGCGUUUUACCUCUGUAAAACAUGUCUGUGGGACUGGCUUGUGGUGAUUGUAGCAAUUAUGUGUUCCGUGUUCUACUUAGUGGAGUUUGUGAUGGACAAGUGUGACUCCAAGCGCUCCGUGAGAUACCUAGCCACCUGGCCUGGAAUCUUCAAGAUCCUGGAGGCGUUUGUGAGCUGCAUCAUCUUUGUCUUGGUGAAGGACUAUGUGAGGGAGCCAGUGGUGAUCUACUGUGUCGUUGCCUACAUCCUCCCCUUUCCUAUCAUACCUGUUGUCAUUGUGAUGAAUGUGAUGAAGAAGGCGCGAGACUUCCUGCCUUUCAGCCUGGUCCGUUUCGAGAUGCUCAUCCUCCUCAUCUCCGUGUUGUUCUACAUCACCACGGCGAUCAUAUGGCCGGUUUAUACUCUCAAAGACAACCCUCGGCCCACUCCGUGCCCACCAGACAGCUGUACGUGGAACAUCGAUUUUGUGAUCGCAUUCAUGACGUUUGUCAACCUUAUCCUUUUCGUUCUGGAAUUGGUGUUCACAUUCAUGGAGUGUUGUGACUUUAAACGUUCCUAAGGCACACAUAUGGAUAACAAAAGAUCUUUCUCUCUCUGCUGCUUUGGCUCUCUCUCUCUCUCUCUCUCCCUUGCACUGACACACACACAGCCAGAAACACACAAUUAAGCAACUUAAACAGCUCUCGUCUUUGGCAAUGACCUGUUACAGUCUCUAUCUUUUUGUUCAAUAUUAAUUAAAUAAUUAAUUUAAUUUAAUGUAUAGUAUGCUAUGUCUGGAUGAUGUUUAGAGAUCUAACUUGGGAGACUUUUUGGAUUGUCCUCUUUAGCUUAUUCAGAUGCUGAUUUACACAGUUGUGACCAUAUAAUCUAAUUUGUUGGAAAGCAUGCUGUUGUUUCCCAUAUUUGACCUUUACCCCUGGUAAUCAAUAAAUUAUUCUGCUUAUUUCCCUAAAAUAUAAUUUGUUUAUUUC